GGUUUGGAUUCACAGGAGUAUAACCCCCUGGUAUGCCACAUUGCAGAAAAAGAUGAUAUUAGCUGGGUCAAACUACAAUCAAAACUUCUGAACUACGAAAGGAGACUUGAGCAACUGAAUGUAGGCAUAACUACAAUCAAUCUUGGCAACCCAGCAGCUCACUAUGUGAAGAGUAACAAUCCCAGCAACAAGAACCAGAAUCAAUACCACUCUGGAGGUAGAUUUGGAAACAACUAUAGAGGGGUAAGAACUUUUAGAGGAAGAGGCAAUAAACAUGGUGGAAAUAAUAGACCUUUGUGUCAAGUAUGUGGCAAAAUUGGACAUGCUGCAGCAAUUUACUUUUACAGGUUUGACAAGAAUUAUAUGGGAGCAUUACCAGAUUCACAUAACAAGAAUCAACACCAACACUCUGUGUUCUUAGCGUCCAAUGAUAGCCUACCAGAUCUGGCCUGGUACAUGAACAGUAAUGCAAGUAGCCAUGUUACAAAUGAUGCUAACAACAUACAGAACAAACAAGAAUACCAUGGUAAAGAAACUCUAACUGCAGCGAACGGACAAGGAACGGGCAAAACUCUGCUGCAAGGGAAACAUAAGAAAGGAUUGUAUCAGAUUGAAUCAGUCCAGCAAUCAAAAGUAAAACUCAUACAACACUCUCACCAAGCCUUUGUUUUUAACUUGUCAAAUAAGCCUGAAAAUGUAAAGCAGAUGAAAAUGUGGCACAAGAGAUUAGGACACCCCUCCUUUAGCACUCUAGUUAAGGUUCUUGAAAUCUGUAAUAAAAAACCUUCUAUCAAUGAAAGUGAGUUUUUCUGUGAUGACUGUCAACUUGGCAAAUCAUCAUCUCACUCUACUCAACCCCCUGAACUAAUUCACACAGAUAUAUGGGGGCCUUCUCCUGCUGUCUCAGCAUGUGGAUUCAAAUAUUAUGUGUUAUUUUUAGAUGAUUACAGUAGGUUUACCUGGUUAUUUUCUUUAAAACAGAAAUCAAAUAUAGCACGAGUUUUCCAAAAUUUCAAAAUACUAGUUGAGAACCAGUUUGAUAAGAAAAUCAAAUGCAUUCAGUCAGACAUGGGAGGAGAGUAUUUAGGACUUGCUAGUUUCCUACAAAUGCAUGGAAUCAAAAUUCAAUAUUCUUGUCCUCAUACAUCUCCUCAAAAUGGAAGAGCUGAAAGAAAGCAUAGAUAUGUAGUUGAAACAGUAGAGCAAGUUCAGGAAGCUAAGUCCAGAAUAUUACAACUUGAGAAUUAUGAAAUGAGGUUAUCAGCUGAAAGAGGAUUUGAUCCCCAACAAUCUGGCUUUGGUGAAGUACCAAGCUAUGUAGAUGAUCAAGCAAUAGAAGCUGAAACAAAUGAGCCUAAAAUGCAUCAACGACCUAUUGAAAUACAACAGAAAGAAGGUUAUGCUCAUAGAAUGACAACAAGGGCUAAGGCUAAAAUUCACAAGCCUAAGCAGUUUCCUUCAGACUUUCAACUAUAUCUUGCAAAGUGUUCAGAACCAAUGCCAACUGAACCUAUCUCAAUUAAUGAGGCAUUGAAUUUUAAACACUGA